AUGAGUAAUGGUAAUCGAAGGCGGUCGACGAGGGGUGGUUGUUGGUGGCUGGUGGCGGUUGACGACUGUCAGAGAAGGAGGCAUUUGUCGGAUCGUUGGUGUAGAAGUGAUGCUCGACUUCAGUUUCUUCUCAGUGUUUCAGGCUUCUUCAGAUUUCAAGCUCUCACAUUACUCCUGGUAUUGGCUGGGAAGGGUCUUUUUCAGAACUUAUUUGUAAAUAAUAUCCUUGGCAUUGAUCUCAAUGAAGCAAGGGGAAAUGGAGAGGGAAUCAUGCAACAAAGUCCUCUCAUUUCCUUGUUUGCCGAUGCAAUCAAAGGCUGUUUGCUUUCUUCAGAUGAAGAUAUACAAAUCAACACAUUGAACUUGAUUAUUCACAUUAUAUCACCAGAAAACUGUUCAAUUACAGAACUACGAGUUCUUGUGGAGGAAAAUAUUCCUGAUUAUAUAUUUGAAAUACUCAGACUGUCAGGGAAUAAGGAUCCUGUGGUUAUUGCCUCCCUACAGUGUCUAGCUCUCUUUGCUGCUGCAGAAGAACUCAUGAAACAAAAACUUGUAGUUGGAUUCUCUUCAUUGCUUUCUGCUUUGCAUUAUACAUCACAGAUACCUCUGCAUCCUGUUCAACCUCAUGCAUUAAAGCUUGUUGGGAACUGCAUCUCAAAUUCCCCUGGUAUAAUAUCCAUAUCACAAGUUUCAGAAUUAGCUUCGAUUUUGACAUGUAUACUAAGGAGGUCCAUUAAUGGAGAGACUCCUGAGACCUUCAUCUUGGCAUGUUCGGCAUUUGUGGAAAUUCUCAAGUCACCAUCUUCCCAUGGAAUCCAAAAGAUUGGAGCUCUGAUCAAAGAAGCAUCAAGUUGUGCAGUUUUAUGUUCUCUUUCUUUCCCUCAAGGAAAUCCCGCUGAACUUAUAAUCCAUUCACUUUCUCUUCUGAAAGAAGCCCAUUUAUACAGUCUAAGGGAAGAUGGCAAUGGAAACUCUGAUAGAGAACUGGAAGAAAGCAUAACGGUAACAUGCCAAAAUUAUCUUUUUCCUUGGCUGGAAAGAGUUAUUAAUGAAGAAGUUGAGGAGGAUGUGGUACAGGAAGUCCUUCAGACAUUUCAUUUCAUAUUGCUCAGUGGUUCUGAGGCCCAGACCCAGAGUUUAGCAAACAAGCUAAUAUCUUCUUAUUGGCUCACUUUAUGCUUUACUUAUUUGGGUCUAUUUCCUACUGAUCGGAUGAGAUCGAGCGUAUAUUUGAUCAUUGCUUCGCUACUUGAACGAGUAUUCGGUCCAAAUUUUGGGCAACCCGUGCAAGAUGCUCUUUUAUACCUCCCAGCAGAUCCUCUUGAUUUGAUCUUUUUGUUGGGACAGAAAAGCAAUAUUGAUCCUCAACUAGCUUUGUGUCAGCGUGCCACACUUUUGAUUUUAUAUGUUAGCUCAAUCUCAGGUGAAAGGUUUGCUGAAGACACUCAGGUUUUGGCUUCAUUGGAGCAAUUUAUUCUUGUUAAUGGCAACGAUUUUGUUUGUGGGAGUGGUGAUUCUUUAAUGUUGGCUCGAGUAGUGCAUCUCUAUGGACUCAUCCGAGGUUCCCCAAGGGACGAGAAGAUGUCAUACAGUCCAGAAGCCGAGAACACACUGCUUAAUAUAAUAGUCGAAGAUGAUCUGGAAUUAUUCUCAUUUGACAUACAUCCAAUAGCAUUAAAAUGGCUUUUCCAGCAAGAAGGAAUCAUGAAUUACUUAUCUAACCAGAUUUUGAAGUUUUGUAGGCUCUCUAAGGAAAAUGAAUCACUCCUGAUUGUCUACUCAUAUGGAACCCAAACUAUGAAAAUGGAACUGAUAUCAGAAUUGGUGGUUUCUGGAGAUAAUUAUGUAGCGCCAUUGCUGGUGUCACUUCUGAGAGAGCUGCAAGACGAAGGUGGUGAAGAUGACCUGAAAUGUGUAACGAAUACAAUGGAGGGAAUACUGAAGAAUUUUUCUGAUGCUUCUAACCAGUUCUGCAGGCACAGCUUUGCUGGUGCAAUAUGUGGCAUCUACUAUUUGCCAUACUGUUCUCUCCAACUCUUCUCAAUGUGCUCCCUGCUGGUUUUUCAUGUUCUUUGCGCUGCAAACCAUGACGUGCUCUCUCAUGAGGGAGAGUGGCUCGCGAUUACAAUGAAGUUGCUGGAAUUCGUUAACCCUAAGCUUGCCUCUCAUCUCUGGGGUCAAGAAGAGCUCCUGGUAAUUAGCAUUUUUUGUCUCAUCCUUCACCAUUCAAGGUACCAGGUGCUUGAAGAAACUUCAAAGGCCAUACUGCUGAAUGGUGCUUUGGCUUCCGCUGUCAAGAAUAUAGUCCAAACAUCCAUUGCAAAAGGUCCAGCUCUAGAAAAUCAUGACGAAGAAAUGGAGACAGGGCAAUGCUUACUUUUCAUUCUAUUACUGUAUUUCUUUUAUACCCCAGCUAAUAACCUUCUCUUCAGCUUCUAUGCUACUUCACAAAACUGUCUGGAUUGGCAAAACUUGCUUCAAUCUUGCAAUAAUUCUCAUCCACCAUUGUUACUCUCUAUAAAAUGUCAUGAUUUAUGCCGGCUGAUGCACUUCGGGUCUUCUCUGGUCAAAUCUCUCUCAUCACAGUGCCUGGUAGACAUUAUUAGCAGAAUAUCUGAUCAGAGAGAAAAAAACCAUGAAGAACUAAGAUGCCCGAUGAGAUAUCUUCAAUCAAUGAUAUCCAUUAUGGAAAGCCUAGUUUUCUAUGAAGAGAAAGUCGUGGCCACAAACUGCAGUGUCUGUUUAUCCAUAAUUCUAAGUUGGGGGAGCCUCAGAAACUGUAAAUGGCUUAGGAUGAUAAUGGAGGAGUUCACAAUGACCUUAAUGGCUUCCAGUAUGGCUUCAAAAUACUUCAAAAAUCAGCACAAGCCUGCUUCACAUAUAGCAACGGCUUUGCUCAAGCUGGACCAAGCGCCUGAAUGGAUGAGAUCUGUAUUUGAUAUUUCUUGUAUCACUGGAAUAAUCAACAAUCUAUGUGCACAAAACUUGAGCGCAGAGAUGGUUAAUCUGUUUAGGGUUCUUCUAUCAAGGAAAUAUCUGAAUGAAGAUCAUAUUGGGUGCUUAAAUAAAACAUUUCAGAAAUUUCUGUGA